CCACUUUCUUCCACCAUAUGCUUUUUCACUCUUCUGAUCUGCAUAUCUUGUAUAAGAAAUAUGUCAGACCUUCAUCAAUUCUGUUGUUCGAAUCAUGAUUCUCAAUCUCACCCUAACAGCUUUCAAUCAGAUUCCAUAUGUCUAUGGCCUCGGCCAAGCCUCCCAUCAGCUCCUUCCCAACUUCACCUGCAACAAUACUAUCUAUCCAACAUCCAACACCACUGCCUCAUCACUCUAAAAGGCCACACUUCCUAUAUCUCCUCUCUCGCCGUCGCCGGAAAGUUCCUUUAUACUGGCUCUUCUGAUAAGGAAAUCCGAUUAUGGAAUUGCAAUGAUCUGAACUCCGAGUUCGAAUACGAAAAUCUAACUAAUAACAUGUUGGUUGUGGGAAAGGGUGCUGUGAAGUCCUUGGUAGUAUUAACCAAUAAACUCUUCAGUGCUCAUCAAGAUCACAAGAUACGAGUAUGGAAAAUCAAUAAUGAUGAUUCUGAUGACCGAAAGUACACUCGAUUGGCGACGCUCCCGACGUUAAGUGACCGCGCCACGAAGCUUCUCCUGCCGAAGAAUCGUGUUCAAAUCCGAAGACACAAGACAUGUACCUGGGUCCAUCAUGUUGAUACGGUAUCCGCUUUGGCCUUAUCCAGGGAUCAGACCCUUCUUUAUUCUGUUUCCUGGGACAGGACACUCAAAAUCUGGAGAACCAGUGAUUUCAAAUGCUUGGAAUCGGUGACCAAUGCUCAUGACGAUGCGAUAAACGCAGUGGCAUUAUCGGAUGACGGAGAUGUUUAUACAGGAUCAACGGACAAGAAAAUUAAGGUGUGGAGGAAAAUUCCCGGUGACAAAAGCCAUUCUCUAGUUGCUACACUGGAAAAACAUAAUUCCGGGAUCAAUGCUUUAGCCAUAAGUCUCGACGGGUCGACUUUAUACUCGGGUGCGAGCGACAGGUCGAUAGUCGUGUGGGAGAAGGACGAGGGUGGCGAUGGCAUGGCAGCGACUUGUGCACUUAGGGGGCAUACAAAAUCUAUAUUGUGCUUGGCUGUUGUGUCGGACAUAGUGUGCAGUGGCUCAGCAGAUAAAACAAUCAGGAUCUGGAGCAGAGGGGUGGAUGGAAAUUACUCAUGUGUGGCAGUGUUGGAAGGGCAUAAAGGCCCCGUUAAAUGCUUAGCCGGAGCGGUCGAUCGUUGCGACCGUUCCAAUACAUGGUAUGUUAUUUACAGCGGAAGCUUGGACUGUGAUAUCAAGGUGUGGCAGAUUGCUGUACCCCUUCUCUAGAGAGGG